AUGGCUCAGACUAAUGCUGAGACCCAGGAAGAAGGGUUAGGAUUGUUUGUAGAUAGGAAUGAGGACAAUGGCAUUCUAACUGCCAGAAGCCUCUCAAGGGUCAAACAUGGAAAAUUCCAUGUCUCAUGUAUGAAUCUCACUGAUGAGGACAUUGAGGGUAAUCCUGAUAUGGCUCUGACUUUUGCAUCAGUGCAUACGUCACCUUCUCAGACUAAUGCUGAGACCCAGGAAGAAGGGUUAGGAUUGUUUGUAGAUAGGAAUGAGGACAAUGGCAUUCUAACUGCCAGAAGCCUCUUUAGGGUCAAACAUGGAAAAUUCCAUGUCUCAUGUAUGAAUCUCACUGAUGAGGACAUUGAGGGUAAUCCUGAGAUGGCUCUGACUUCUGCAUCAGUGCAUAUGUCACCUUCUCAGGAUGGUGCUGGUUCGGACGCAAGAGGCCAUUCGGAUGAGGCGGCUGGAGCGUUGUCAGCGGCCGCAGCAGAGGUGGCAGACACGGACCAAGGUGGCGCGGUGGACGAAGCCGCCCCUUCUGUGGCAGCUACAGGCGCCACUGGACAGCCGUGCAACGAAGACGGACUAGAGAAGAAGAAACGGAAUCGCUGCGCCAUUUGCAAGAAGAAACUUGGCCUCACUGGUUGGCUGGCAUACCCUCAUCUCGGUUCGGAUGCAGAUGUGGAGGACUUUUCUGCGCCGUGCAUCGUUAUAGUGACAAGCACGAUUGCAACUUUGACUACCGCUCGCACGGCGCUGAGGAGAUCCGUAGAAAUAACCCCGUUGUCAAAGGCGAAAAAGUGAAGCAGAUUUAAUUGAAUCAGAGAUCCGCAUUAACCCUCCUGUUCCAUCUUUGCUCUUUUCUUGUUCUGAAUCUCCGCGUGUGGGUCAACGUGAGGCCAAGGUGUUGUUUCCUUAGCGUAGCGCGGCAAAUUCGGUGAUCCUAGAGAAGAAAACAUCCCCUGUUGACGUGA